AAGAGCCCAAAACUAAGCCUUCAACCUUGGAAGAAACCCUAAAAACCCUAAAAAGGAUUCCAUAAAUUGAUUGAUUUGUUUGAUUCUGGCCGCGGCUUCAGUCUUCCUAUAAUAAACCCUAGGAACCACAGUGAGGUGCAGAGAAAAUGGCGACAGUUCCAGGACAGUUAAUCUGGGAGGUAGUGAAGAAGAACAAUUGCUUUUUGGUGAAGCAGUUCGGAAGAGGAACUGCUGGCGUUCGAUUCAGCAAAGAGCCUAACAAUCUCUACAAUCUCAACUCAUACAAACACUCUGGGUUGGCAAACAAGAAAACAGUAACCAUUCAGCCCGGGGGAAAAGAUCAGUCUGUGCUGUUAGCAACCACCAAGACUAAGAAGCAGAACAAGCCGUCGGUCUUGCUUCACAAUUCUGUCAUGAAAAAGGAGUUCCCCAGGAUGGUGAAGGCAGUAAAAAACCAGGUGACAGAAAACUACUACAGGCCGGAUUUAACCAAAGCAGCCCUUGCAAGGCUGAGUGCUGUGCAUAAUAGUCUGAAAGUUGCGAAGUCAGGUGUCAAGAAGAGGAACAGGCAAGCGUUUAAGAUACGUGGCAGGAAGUAGGCUAGGCAAGUUUAAGUUGUAUUGCGCCACGAUUUUCAUUCUAGACUACACUGGCUUUUGAAGUUGGCUUAUUGUCAAUCGUUGUUGUAGCUGGGGUGGUGGAUUUUACGUCUAGAUUGUGAAGCAGAUAUUCAUGGUCAUUGCUAGUUUGUUUUCCGAAUUAUGUAUUAUGGUAGAAUUUUGAGCAUU